AUGGCUAACAUAACCGAUCUGGCCAUGGACCCGCUAUGGCAAGAUCUGGAUCGGGUGAUUGGGCAGCUGUUUAUUAUGGGAUGGGAUGGAACCGAGAUAACGCCCCAGAUUCGAAGUCUGAUCCAAGAUCACCAUAUUGGUUCUAUCAUCUUGACAGCCAAAAACCUGAAGAGUGCCCAGGAGACGGCGAAGCUAGUUCAAGACCUGCAAACUCUCGCCAAGGAAGCUGGCCAUCGCCAACCACUGCUCAUUGCUCUAGACCAAGAAAAUGGCGGAGUCAAUAGUCUCUUUGACGAAGAUUACAUCUGCCAGUUCCCCAGCCAAAUGGGCGUUGCCGCCGCUGGCCGGGUGGAACUGGCCUACGAAGUGAGCAAGGCCACAGCUACUGAAAUCGCGGCCUGUGGUAUUAAUCUCGUGCUCGGUCCUGUCCUUGAUGUCUUAUCAAACACCCGUGACCAGCCUAUUGCCUGCAGGGCCACGUCUGAUGACCCCCAGGAGGUGUCCCAGUACGGCAUCCUUGCGAUGAAUGGUAUCAAGGACGCCGGUGCUGCGUCCUGCGGCAAGCAUUUCCCUACCUACGGAAGUCUGGACUUCCGCGGAUCGAGCGUCGACAUGCCCGUUAUCACCCAAACCCUGGAAGAACUGAGUCUCAGCGCGCUGGUGCCCUUCCGCGAUGCCAUCGCCACUGGAAACCUGGACGCCGUUUUUGUCGGCGGAUGUAGGAUCUCAAACCCGUCUAUGAACGUUCAACAUGCUUGUCUUUCCGACCAGGUUGUCGAUGAUCUCUUGAGAAAUGAGCUGGGCUUUAAAGGCGUGGCUAUCUCGGAGUGUCUUGAGAUGGAGUCUUUGAGCCACGAAAUCGGUGUCCAGAACGGCGUGGUUAUGGGGGUUGAGGCUGGUUGCGAUCUCAUCUUGCUGUGUCGUGCUUAUGAUGUACAGCUCGAAGCCAUUCGGGGUCUUAAACUAGGCCUCGAGAACGGCAUCGUCACCAAACAGCGCCUCUUUACUUCGCUGGAGCGUGUGCAAAGGCUAAAGACGAAUUGUACCUCAUGGGUCAAGGCUUUGAACCCUCCGGGUAUCUCUCUGCUUGCUAAGCUGCAUCCGACGCACUCCGUUCUGUCUCGCCAUGCAUACGAUGACUCCAUCGUCGUUGUCAGGGAUAAGGAAAAGCUCAUUCCCCUGAGUUCCUCAAUGCGACAGGAAGAAGAACUGCUACUGCUUACACCGUUGGUCAAGCCGCUGCCUGCCACUAAACUUACAAAGACUCUGCUCGAGUCCAAGAAUUUGCAGGCCGCGGCACCUACCAAUCAUGACAAGUGGUCUCAUCGAGACCGUGGAACGGCCAUAUUGAGUGGGGAGGAAGUGUUUAGAGAGCUCGGCCGCUCACUCGCCCGUGUUCGCCAUGGGAAGCUUUUGCAUACCAGUUAUACUGCUAACGGUGUCCGUCCAGUCCACGAAAAUCUGAUAAACCGCGCGUCUACCGUCAUAAUUGUUACUGCGGACGCCAAACGAAAUUUGUACCAAACCGGCUUCACGAAACACGUCGACAUGAUGUGCAAAAUCCUAGGCUCCCGGGGACAGAAGAAGAAUUUGAUUGUAGUUUCCGUCAGUUCUCCAUACGACUUUGCGCUGGACAAGUCGAUUGGGACCUACGUCUGCACAUUCGACUACACCGAGAAUGCUAUGCAUGCCCUAGUCAGGGCGCUUUGUGGAGAAACUACUCCUCGCGGUACUCUCCCCGGAACGAUGAGGAGGAGUAGGAAGAACAUGAAGUCUAAGCAGCACUGGCUGGUCGAAGAGUACGACUCAAUCCGUGACGAAAGCGCAUUGGACGAGCUCAUAAGGAGCGUAGCUCUGGCAUCGGCCCCCGACCAUCCUUACCUCAAAACGAGCUCCGCAGCCUCAUUCGAUCUCGCCAACCCUCGCAUCACGGAAGCCCAUUUUGUCGUGCGGAACAGUAGCACGGGAGCACUAUACGGGUUCGUCGCAACUUAUCGACUCGGUUCAACUGGAAUUAUUGGUGCCAUAAUCGUCGACCCAGGAAAGCGGAGCUUGUCUAUUGGAAGAUCUCUCCAUCGCCGAGCAAUGAGGAGUCUGGUCCAGUCGCGGAACGUAAAGAAAGUCCAGCUCGGCACCGUGUUCCCCGGAGUAUUCCUCGGAAUUCCUGUGGAUGAAGGAUGCGCCGUGAAGGAUUGGUUCGCCAAUUGCGGGUGGGAUGUUCAAUUUCCUCGAAGACUUACCAACCUCGUUAUCAACAACCUUGAAGCUUGGACGGCCCCAGAGGGUCUCUUACAGUCAAUCCAGAGGGCCAAUAUGAGCUUCGACCUCAUCCACGGCCUUGAGAAUGCAGACAUGGUGCUUUCUCACGUCUCAACUGAGUCAAAUCCCGAGGUGGUCGAGCUGUACAGAGAAGCCCUUGCCAAAUCUUGUGGUGUAGUCCGUGCCAAGGAUGCGCACGACAACCUAUUAGGAACCAUCAUUAUUUGUCGAGAAGGGAAUCCGUUGUCGACUUUUGUCCCGCCGCUAUUGUCACCAUCCGCCGAGGUUGUCGGGGGCAUCUUGGCGCCUGUGGUCCCACCUUCAUCCCAAGGCAACCUCAUCCUACAGGGUCUGGCGCUGAUGGGUGUACGCCAAAUUAAGAGCCAGAAGAAGGCUUCAGUAGCUGUGUUGAGCUGGAUCCUUGAUGAUAUGUACGAAUCUCUGAAAGCGAUGGGGUUCGAGACGCUCCAGGCUUUUGAAGAGAUUACGAACUCUCCGGAGAAUUGGUCUGAGCUUUCUUAG